GCUUUCCAGUUGGUCAGCAUGUUUAGGAGAGACUUCAGGCCUGAAUCUUGGUUCUUCAGCUUUCUGGUAGGGAGUCUGUCCAGGAGUCUCUUAGCCUUUGCGGCCAUUGCUGAGAACCAGACUUUGACUGGUUUUGCUCCUGCCACAAUUGAGACCUUAAGACACACGUACGAAUAUGUGGCCACCCCUUUGGACUGGUGGCGCGCGGACCGACACUGCGAGCAGCGCUUUGCUCAGCUGCUUUCUGAACCCAGAGACAGCGAGCGCGCGUCCAUCAGCAAACUGCUGCAGUCGCAGCACGUCAGGGGCUCUGUGUGGUUAAACGACAUGGACGGUGCCCUGCCCAAACCCAAACGGAGACAGGACCACAUCGUGCCAGUCCUGGUGUUUGGAGAAAAAACAGACACAAAAUACGUGAAGGUGCUUUCUGACUUCCCAGCACUGCCUGCUGUCACGGCCUGUGCCCACCUCCAGUGGGACACCAGGACCCAGGAGAUUGCCACCAUCUUCUCAUACGCUGUGCCAGCUUUCAUUAAUGAGUUCCAGCUCCGUGGCUUCGUCGACGAGGAGGGCUAUGUUCGAUUUGCUCUCAUUGUCCACGGGCACCAUUCCCCGUACCUGCCUGUGUUCCGUGCUGACGGACACUGGCAUCACUUCUGCGUGACCUGGCAGCAGGAAAAUGGGACCUGGGCCAUUUAUGCCGAUGGAAAACGGAGGGCAUCUGCCAGUGGUUUGUGUGCUGCGGGGCUGUCUGCCCCUCAGGCCAUCUAUGGCCGUGGGACUUUCAUAAUAGGGCAGGAUCAAGAUUCCCUGGGGGGCACCUUCAGGGAGAAGGAGUCCUUCAGUGGGAACAUCACUGACCUGCACAUCUGGCAGAAAGUCCUCAGUGCGGAGCAGGUUGAGAAAGUUCGAUCAUGCCGUGUGGUAGAACAAGAACUUGUGUUUGGGUGGAGUUCAAAUGAUUUGGAGGUUGAAAGCACCGUUCAGCAAGUGACUGUGCAGUUUCUUUGCCCAGGUCCACAGGGCCUGUGCCGAGUUUUUGAAGCUGGCAGCAGUGGAUUCAGUUACGUGUCUUGUUUGCAGCCCUUGCCUUUUAUCUGUUGCUACAGAAAGGAUGUGUAUCUGCAGCUGCAGAAAGCUCAGCUGGAGUCCAGCCCCUCGCUCGCUGCCCGUGUGAACACGCUUGCGGCCCGGACCGUGCAGCUUCCUGAGAACAUAUUCGCAGGUAAUGUCCAAGACAUGAACCUCUCCAUUGCCAUUGGUUCUCUUGAUGUCCUGGCAUCUGUCUUGAGGGAAGGAAAGACACCCAUGGAGUCAUCUGACCUUCUUGGAGUGCUUCAGUUACUAAAGCAAGUUUCUGAUGUGGAAGUCCAGGAUGGAGAAGAGCCAGAGAUCCUGGAGCAGUUGAGCCGAUAUUACGUGAAAGUAGCUGGGUUAAUCCUGGAAGAGCACAAUGUUGAAGCGUGGUUAUCAGUGAGCCAGGUUAUCCGAGGGCCGAUGGCCGUUGUGGAGAUCUCCGACAGAGUGGUGUCCAACCUAGCCCUGCUGCUGAGCGCGGGGAGGACCAAGGUCACGGUGCGGGGCGGCAACGUGGGGAUGGAGGUGAGAAGGCUGGAGCUGAGCAAGCAGGAGCCAAGCAGUGAGAUGUACCUGAUCCAGAGCCCUGGGAGAGGUGGACACGACCUUAUCGAGGUUCCCACAGAAGAAAUGCAAAAACUGAAAGCUAAAGGUCUCAGCAGAGUCAUCGUGAAGAACAUGUGGUUUGGCUACGGCUCCCUCCAGCGCUGCCUGGCCAGCAUGGGCACCAGUGCCGACUUCCAGGAUGUGGCUGCCUCUGAUGGAGGACAGAAGUACCUGAGCACCACGGUGGGAACUGCAGUCAUCUCAUCCACCCUGCUCAGCGACCACCAGGAGGUGGGCACGGCCGUGCGCUACCGCCUGCAGCACCAGCCCCAG